AUGCGCCGCUGCUGCCCGGCUCUCUGCAUCAGCAGCAGCCGCGGCGCCGCCCGCCCCGCCGCCAUCGCCGCCGCCGCCGCCCCCCUCCUGCUGCCGGCCGCCGCCGUGUCCCGCCCGCCGCCGCUCCUGGUGCUGCUGCUGCUGCAGCGCCGCCCCGCGCCGCCCGCUCCUGCGCCUCCGCACAAGAUGGCGGCCGGUGGGAGCGGCGGGGGCCCCGGGGGCCUCUCCUGCUCCGGCCCGCAGCCGCCGCCGCCGCCGCCUCCGCCGCCGGGCAACGGCGCCGCCGCCGCCGCCUGCACCAACGGCGCCCCCUCCUCGCCGCCCGGCCUCACCUACAACCAGUGCGGGGCCGCCAACCCGGCGGCGGGCGGCGGCGGCGGAGGCGGCGCGGGGGGCCCGGCGGCGGCCGGGGGGGCCGGCGGGGCGGGCGGCGCCGGCGGGGCGCUGCAGCGGGAGCCGGUCUAUAACUGGCAGGCGACGAAGCCCACGGUGCAGGAGCGCUUCGCCUUCCUCUUCAACAACGAGGUGCUCAGCGACGUGCACUUCCUGGUGGGCAAGGGCCGCGGGUCGCAGCGCAUCCCGGCCCACAGGUUUGUGUUGGCUGUGGGAAGUGCAGUCUUCGAUGCAAUGUUUAAUGGUGGAAUGGCCACAACUUCAACGGAGAUUGAGCUGCCUGAUGUGGAGCCUGCUGCCUUCCUAGCUUUGCUAAAAUUUCUUUAUUCAGACGAAGUUCAGAUUGGACCAGAGACUGUUAUGACAACGCUUUACACAGCUAAAAAAUACGCAGUUCCAGCCCUUGAAGCUCAUUGUGUGGAGUUUCUUAAAAAAAACCUCCGAGCAGACAACGCAUUCAUGCUGUUAACACAGGCAAGACUUUUUGAUGAGCCUCAGCUGGCCAGCCUUUGCCUAGAGAACAUAGACAAGAACACAUCAGAUGCCAUCAAUGCGGAGGGGUUUACAGACAUUGAUCUGGACACCCUGGUUGCAGUGCUGGAGAGGGAUACCUUGGGGAUCCGGGAGGUUCGUUUAUUUAAUGCAGUGGUUCGCUGGUCGGAGGCUGAAUGUCAACGGCAGCAACUUCAGGUGAUUCCAGAGAACAAGCGGAAAGUACUGGGCAAAGCACUUUCUCUUAUCCGCUUCCCAUUGAUGACUAUUGAGGAGUUUGCAGCAGGGCCCGCGCAGUCGGGAAUCCUCACGGACCGCGAGGUGGUGAGCCUGUUCCUCCACUUCACCGUGAACCCCAAGCCGCGGGUGGAGUUCAUCGACCGACCGCGCUGCUGCCUGCGAGGGAAGGAGUGCAGCAUCAGCCGUUUCCAGCAGGUGGAGAGCCGCUGGGGGUACAGUGGGACUAGUGACAGGAUAAGGUUUUCAGUAAACAAAAGGAUAUUUGUAGUUGGGUUUGGAUUAUAUGGAUCCAUACAUGGGCCAACGGAUUACCAAGUAAAUAUACAGAUCAUCCACACAGACAGUAACACAGUCUUGGGACAGAACGACACAGGGUUCAGCUGUGACGGAUCAUCAAACACUUUCCGGGUCAUGUUCAAAGAGCCCGUUGAGAUUUUACCCAACGUCAACUAUACGGCAUGUGCUACUCUAAAGGGUCCAGAUUCCCACUACGGAACCAAAGGACUGCGCAAAGUGAUCCAUGAAUCACCAACGACAGGAGCCAAAACCUGCUUUACGUUCUGUUACGCGGCUGGGAAUAACAACGGCACUUCUGUGGAGGAUGGACAAAUCCCAGAGAUCAUCUUCUAUACAUAGUGCAGCUCUGGAGUUGGCUCUGGACUUUUCUGUUCUCUUCCCCGUGACCUUCCAAACUAAAUUUCUGGCUGAGUUUGACCACACCAAUUGGAGCCACACUAGCCAAAGGUCUCAGUAAAAUCAUUUCAAAGCUCAUGUUUUGCCUUGUGCUAGUGAUUCUGCUGCUAUCACAUACCAGAUUAACUGGUUUACCAAUAUCAUUUGUAGAUUGUCUGUGGCUACUCAUUUUUCACCUUACUGAUUAACCCUAUCUAACAACAUGCAUUUUUUUUUUGACUGUAACGAAUGUAGAUGCUUUUCCACCAGUCGGAAGCAUGGAAACAAAUGGCUCUGGUUGUGGUUGUAUUUGCUGUGAGGAGAUAAUCCUGCAUAAAGACAGUCGAGGGCUGUAUUGCCCAUCCUCUUCUGCUCUAGCUCAGCAGUCGAGGCGAGAUGGUUGGCCACGUCGGUCCAGCAGCACCGCUGCCGUGGCAAGGCUCGGCCAGACCAUGCCUGGCGCGUUCCCUCCCGCCGGCCAAAGCGUUUGCAGCCGCCUUCAAAAAGUUAAAGGAAGUGGCCUUUUCACUGAGGCUCUGCUGUUUCAGCACUACACGACCUUGAGGGAGACCUCAGAACUAGAGCGCCUCUAAAGACUACAGUGUUUUCAUGCUAUUCUCGCUAAUUUGUGACAAUCCUUUGACGACAGCUAACUGACCUCCCCCUACGGAUGGCCGAUGGCUCUGCGCAGAGCUAGGAAGGGGCGGCAGCUCUGGCCUGGCCGGGUGCUCUCCAUACCCGUGUGCAGGCUGCUGCGCUCAGUUCUGGUGGUGCUUUUUUAAAACUUUAUAUCGCAUCUAAAAUGAUGGGUGAUACUCGGGAAAUCUGCCCCCGUGCAGCGGUUAGCAGCAGGGAAUCCACACUAGUUGUUACUGUGCUAAUCAAAUCCUUUGUUCCAAGAUAGCGGCAGGGGGUUGUUGGCAAGCAAGGGAACUUGCCUCGCCUGGCCCCUGUGUUCCUGUGUAUUGCUGCUGUUUUCAUGCACGUUUCAAUGCAUUUUUUUCCUCUCUCUUUUUUUUUUUUUUUUGUCUUUGUUUUUGUUUCUGUGCAUUGCUAAGCCGCCCCUGGGCCGCUUCAGAGCGCUGCUGCCCUGAUGCAAAGUAGGAAGAGGCUCGAUGUGCAACUGCCUGUUACCUAUUAAUGCAGCAGAUAGAUGAGGAUUCAUGAAACGGUUUAGAAAAACGUAAAAGAUUUUUUCUGUUUGCCUGUGUACAUGGCUGUUCGGACAGGCUCACGAGGAAGAUGCCACAUUUACAAAUAUCAUCUGGCUUUGCCACCUCCCUACCUGUUCAGAAUUGGUUGUUUUUCCCCCAAAAGCAGGUACGAUUUUUGCUGAGUAGAUAACGCUGUCCUACCAAGGAGGAGGUGGCUUUUCCUUGCGUCACUGUCCGCUGCUGAAGACCACAAGACUAUUUCUUCCCCCCUCUUCUGCAGAGGAAGCUCUAAUGAAAUAAAGAACCUUCUGGUGUAGUGGCCAGAGCUUUCAGAAGUCUGCGGGGGACUUGCUGGCGUGAUAUCGUGCUGCCUCAAAGCUGAGGUUCGCUUUUGAAAACCUCCUGGGCACACUAAGAAGUCGUCUUAACUUGCCAGGUAGCAGUUGCCGCCUUAUUUAGAUGUUAGAAGCAGAAACCUGGUGGUCCCUUACUGAUGCAGAUGGCUCAGUACCUAGUAACUUAUUGGGAAAGUGGUAUCUCCUCCUCUUCCUCCCUCUGGACUGGGCUCUGUCCUUGGUCUGUGGCUGGCUGGGUAUCUCCUCAUCAACCACACAGCAGUAAUACGGUCAGGAACACCUUGCACCUAGUAAUCUGUAGCUAUUAGAGAUGUCGAUAGUGUGUUAUGUUCUCUAGGAAGACAUUGUAAGAUGUGUAUAUUGUAAGCCUGCUUCAAGGUAGGAUGUUUUUAAUAUGGCCAGUACUUAAAGAAAAGAAAAAAAAAAGGAAAAAAGAAAAAAAAAAAAAAAGAAAAGAAAAAGAAAAGGUCCAUGAUUUAGUUAUUGAACCUGACUGUGCAAUGCGAACAGUGUUGUGAAACGGAUUAGCAGAACGGAGACGCUCCUUCCUCCGCGGGGGAAGCUGCCUGCUGUUGGGAUGUACAUAGCUGCCUGCUCCUGCCCUGCUGCCCCUUCGCCUCUGCUUCUCCAAGGUUGUGGGACUUCGCUUGUAGUGCCAGAGCGCCGCACCAGGGGCCUGCGGCGUUACCUGGGCCGAGUUUGCCUGCUGCGGCUGUACCACCCCCAGACGUUUCCGUACCUAGGUGGCAGUAAGUGGAAAUCGGUGGGAUCUGGAAGAAGCAAAGCUGCCCGCUUGGCUAUGGAAAUAGCAGGGCUUGAAAGCAGGCCUUGGGCAAGCUAGAUCAGCCGAGGGAGGCCCGUCCUUGCUGGCUCUUCCCUCAAAGCAUCUGGUUUUUACUACUACUUUGUUAUGCAGAUUCUUCUCCCGAAUCCUCCUUUCCAGCCACAAGGUCGGUUUCGUAGCCUGCCCUGGUGGGGAGGGGAGCGUGAGGAGUUAAACCUUUGAGCUACGUCUAAGCAACUUCUGUUCUUAACGGCUUUAUGCAGUUUGAUGCAAUUCUGGCUUUUGUAGAUAGAUGAAUGUAAUUCUUUGUUGGACAUGCCUGUUUCCAAAAGUAUGAGGUAUUCCGUUGUAUCACGUCACCUUCCAAGCAGAGCUGGGCCCGUCUCGACUCCAGUGCUGUACUGAUGAAUGUAUCCGAUGCUCUCGUUCAGUGUUCACGCUCUGCUUUUUGGCCAGCUUUGUGAUUUGUAAAUAGGAAAAUCAAUAAAGACGUUUGGGUUGUCUUUA